AUGAUCAGAUCACUGGCACCUCAAAACUCACUUGAUAUCCUCUUGACAAAUGAUCAACAACUAGUUGAUGAGUUGCUACCAAUGGGCGAAUGGCAAAAGGAUCACCACACACCCUUAGAGUCAGUCACAUCAGAGCAACUGAGAUUUGAUACUGUUCAUCAACUUUGGGAACAGAUUGAAAGAUUGACCAAGUAUGGACUUAUCCCCCCAAUGAGUGAUUCUGUUAAACAACAAGCCAAGGUAGCUCUCAGAGAUUCCAAGGACAACACCAUAGCGCUGAUCGGUGACGGAAGAGAUGGAGAUGACAAAAUGGCAGCUGCAUUUUCAAUGAGCGAUGAACAAAGAAUGGUCUAUGUCAACUUACUCAAGCAUCCGAAGGUGUCCUUGGAUCACUUGGUGAAUCAUAUCCUCAUGCAGUACUGUUCCACUGGCGACUGCGCCCUCCUUCACUUCUUCAUGGUUACAAUUCCCCAAUUAUAUUGUAUGUUCAACAACAUUGUGGAGCAUGGAACUUUACUUCAGGCUCAGGUUGCUAUGGGUAUUGUUGAAAUGUUGCCGGAUGAGAUGACAUUGUAUACCUUUGAUGGCAUGACUCAGCUUAGUCUCUUCACUGAUCAAGAUGAUACUGGUGUCAAACUGGAGAUUCUCAAACACCUCAACACUUUCAAUGUCACACUUGGACCACCUCCAAAUGGCAUGAACUACCAGGUCCUGGCCAAACUCGUCUUUGAUGUCCCCAUGGAUACAAUCAACUUUCUCAUUUCAAAUGACAACAAGAUAUUGCCUCUUGAUCAGUUUGGAUGUUUGUUUAUUGACCACCACAUCUUUGAAAGGGUGUACAGCAACAAACCAGAAAUCAUUGAUAUUUCUUUCCAAAUGAGAGUGGCUGUUCAACUUGGCGACAUUCGAAUGAUGGAGAUGAUCUUGGAGAGAGACCCAACCAUCCUUGAUGACGUGGAGUUUGUAUCAAGCCAAGUUCUCAACCUUUCAAUCACCAAUCGUCCGCAUAUUCAAAUGCUCCAAUGGCUACUUGAGCAUUUGAAGUCGACACCACUUAACAAUUAUCAUUUCUGGGUCUGGGUUGGACUAAGUGGUGACAUUGAUCUCUUGGACUUGGCAAUGAAACAUUUCAAACCGGAUACCCCCAACCUCCAUUUAAUGUUGGUCAGUGCAAUGGAGGAUUUUAUUGUGUCUGGCAAUUUAGAGAUGAUGAACUUCAUAUUCAAACUGGACCCCUUGGAGAUUGACUAUGAGUAUUUUGAGGAGUGUUUAAAAGGCGAUACUGUUAGAGAUAGGAUGGACAACAUUACCAAGAUUAUACUCUCAAUAUUCCAGGAGACUGGCAACACAAUUAGGAUGGAGAGAUUAUUAUCUUGUAUGGACGAUGAAAUGAAGUCAAAGUUCAAGACUGUGGUCAUACCCAACUUUACCAAGGAUUUGAUUGAGAAACCCGAUGUAGUAAUGCUCAGGUAUCUAGUAGACAAUGGUGCCAAGCUCAAUCUAAAUGGUGUCUCCCUAUUGCCAGGAUUCAAGUCCAGUGCACCCAUCAGGACUGUAAUCAGAUUGUACCAAGAUAAGCAAAAGAAAUAG